CGCGCCUCCAAAUGAAAUCGCCAUAAACGCUUAAACCGUCAGAGAGACCCGUCGCCGCCGGUGACGUCGUCGUGUUGUCGUCAUUCGCGCGCCUGGCGGGAAACUGGCGCUGUUUCGGAGUAAAACAGCUGUAAAGCUGCGGCUAACGGCCGCUAGUCCUGUCGAGAGGGAAUCAUGCAGGCGUUUCUGAAAGGAUCUACACAGAGCGUUAAGCCGCAGAGGGAUAAGGCUGCAGCUGGCAGCGGUGGAGAGAAGCGACAGAAAGCCGUGCCGUGGGUGGAGAAGUACAGACCGAAGUGUGUGGAUGAAGUUGCUUUUCAAGAGGAAGUAGUAGCAGUGUUGAAGAAAUCACUAGAGGGCGCUGAUCUUCCUAAUCUGCUGUUUUAUGGACCACCUGGAACAGGAAAGACCUCCACUAUUCUUGCUGCAGCAAGAGAGCUUUAUGGCCCGGAGCUCUACCGGCAGAGAGUGUUGGAGCUGAAUGCAUCUGAUGAGAGAGGGAUUCAGGUGGUCCGGGAAAAGGUGAAGAAUUUUGCUCAGUUGACAGUGGCUGGUACACGACCCGAUGGGAAGGCUUGCCCUCCAUUUAAAAUCAUAAUACUGGAUGAGGCAGACUCAAUGACCAGUGCUGCCCAGGCUGCUCUCAGGCGCACCAUGGAGAAAGAGUCACGCACCACACGCUUCUGCCUUAUCUGCAACUACGUCAGCAGAAUCAUUGAGCCUUUGACUUCCCGGUGCUCCAAGUUCCGCUUUAAACCUCUUGCCAAUGACAUCCAACAGGAGCGACUCAUAGAAAUCUGUGAGAAAGAGAGCCUCAAAUACAGCAAAGAGGGAAUUGAAGCGCUGGUGAAGGUGUCAGAGGGUGAUCUGCGGAAAGCAAUAACGCUUCUCCAGAGUGCAGCCAGGCUCAGUACAGAGAAAGAAAUCACAGAAAGCGUCAUCAUAGAGAUCGCAGGGGUGGUUCCGCCUAAAGUGAUCGAAAAUCUGCUUCAAACCUGUUACAAAGGCACCUUUGAAAAACUAGAGGUCGCUGUGAAGACUAUGAUAGAUGAAGGCUAUGCUGGAACACAGAUCCUCAACCAGCUCCAUGACAUCAUCAUAGAGGAAAGCUUGAGUGACAAACAGAAGUCUGUUAUCACAGAGAAGAUGGCAGUGGUUGAUAAAUGCUUGGUAGACGGUGCUGAUGAAUACUUGCAGCUGUUGGGCCUCUCCUCCGUCAUCAUGCAGCAGGCCACACAGAACAGCUGAGUGCACCAUGGACUACAGUAGAGACCCUCCAUUCAUUUUGAAUCUUUUGUACUUAAAAAAAAAAAAAAAAAGAUGUAAUUAAACUUUACUUUUCUCAAA